AUGAAAAUAGUGGGACAUGCCGAGCGUUUGAAUUAUUUCAUCGACCGUCAAGAUGGCGACGGUGGCAUUUUGGAACACAUUGCCCAGCAACCACAAAAUGAUUUUGAGGCCAAAACGCGAAGAGCCAGGAUACGACGGAAAUUGCGCAUUGUGCUGCCCCAUGUUGGCCUUGUGUUUCUGUCUACAGCUUAUACACUUCUCGGUGCUGCGAUUUUUCAUCAUUUUGAAAUGCCUUACGAGGUGCACAUUCGAAAUCAGACGGCGCAUCGCAUCGAACUCCUGAAACAAAGGAUUAUCGACAAUCUGUGGAUGUUAGCUCACGAAGGAAACGAUACUGGCGAAGUGACGUUUGAAAGCUGGUCAAAAAUCGCGCACCUCGGGAUGAAUGAUGUGAUACGGGACGUUUUCAUUGACUACACAAAGAAUUACAUGACGCCAGACGACAUAAUUAAAGGUGCUGGACCGGUGAAGUGGUCAUUCGGUUCCAGCAUAUUUUUUUCAUGGACUGCUAUUACCACCAUCGGCAAGCUCUAUUUUUAUAGCAGUUUAGCUAAUUUUUCGCAUUCGUACGUCAUUGCACUGACACUUUACAAUGCAAAUUUUGCUUGUGGGACAUAUAUUUUUGGCCAUCCUUUAGGCUAUGGACAUAUUGUGCCAAGGACCGGUGAAGGUCGUAUUGCAUGUCUAAUGUACGCAUUAUUAGGUAUUCCAUUGAUACUUGUUACAAUUGCUGAUAUGGGACGAUUUCUCUCAGGUGGUAUAAUCUGGAUUCACUAUAUGAUGAGGUUAUUGCGCUUGGAGAUGUUCAAGAGAUGCAUGCAAAUUUGUAUAUACUGUUGCAGGUGCCUUCCCGUUUUUAGGAAAACGAAAACCCAGCAAAAGGCAGUUUCUGUGAAUGAUAUUGCCGCUAGCAAAAGGAUACGGCGACGAAGACAAAAUCAUAUUGAUACGAUUUCUGAAGCUGGCACAUUUGAAGGUUCAUUUGCCCACUGA